UAUUUAUAGUAUAACCACAUACUUUUACCAAAGAAUAUAAUCUGUAAAUUAUUAUCUACGUUUAUUGAAGUACACACUCUUUUAAAAUUUACGAUGAACAAUUCUGCUCCAGAAGUAGCAGUGAAUUCCGUCCUAAAACCAAGUGAUAAAAUGGCAGAUGAUUCUCCUAUUGUAAAAGGUUACGAUUUCAACAACGGUUUAGACUACGAUGCUCUAAUAGCCUCAUAUAAGUUAUGUGGAUUUCAAGCCACAAACUUCGGGAAGGCUGUGGACGAAAUCAACAACAUGAUUACUAGAAGAUUUGAAAAUCCACCAAAAGAAGGACAGAAAACAAACUGUAUGAUCUUCCUUGGUUUCACAUCCAACAUGAUCUCGUCUGGAAUAAGGGAAACAAUACGUUAUCUUGCCGAGCAUAGCAUGGUUGAUUGCAUUGUAACAUCAGCUGGUGGUAUAGAGGAAGAUUACAUAAAAUGUUUUGCUCCAACUUUCAUCGGUGACUUCACUUUAAAAGGCGCUGAACUUCGUCACAGAGGCAUGAACAGAAUCGGCAAUCUUAUUGUUCCUAAUGAUAACUACUGCACUUUUGAAAAUUGGUUAACUCCAAUCCUUGAUCAAAUGCUACAUGAGCAGAAAACUGAGAAAAUAAAUUGGACUCCUUCAAAGCUAAUUGACAGACUUGGUAAAGAAAUAAAUGAUCCUAAAUCUGUUUACCAUUGGUGUCAUAAGAAUAAAAUCCCUGUUUUUUGUCCGGCCAUAACCGAUGGAUCGAUCGGAGAUAUUUUGUAUUUUCACUCCUAUAAAAAUCCUGGUCUUGUCUUGGACAUAGUUGAAGAUAUUCGUCGAAUGAACAAUCAAGUAGUUUUUGCCAGCAAUUCUGGAAUAAUCAUCUUGGGAGGGGGACUAUGUAAACAUCAUAUAUGUAAUGCAAACAUGAUGCGAAACGGAGCCGACUUUUCAGUUUUUCUCAACACUGCUCAAGAAUUUGACGGAAGCGAUUCGGGUGCUCGGCCGGACGAGGCUGUGUCCUGGGGCAAAAUAAAGGCAACAGCCACUCCAGUGAAGGUUUACGCCGAAGCAACGCUGGUGUUUCCGUUACUGGUUGCGGAAACUUUCGUUAAGAACUAUGAGCGCAAGAAGAGGGAACUGGAAGCGAGGACAAAAAUAUGAUUUCGAACUCCCCACUAUUUCAAAUUAAGACCGAACUCUUUGGGUCUAACACUAAAUGUCUUAUAGCGCGUUCAGACUCAGUGCCCCGGUACGGUACUCAGGCACGGGCACCAAUGUGAACUCAAUAAUUUGAUGGUGCCCAAGUCAAAGUGCCCGGGGUCUGGGUACCACGAAAAGUGGUGGUACCCGAGUACGGUGCUCGGGCACGGGCACCAAUGUGAACGACGACACCUAAGUAACGUGUACAGAGAGGCACUUAUUCAGCAUAUGGUUUUAAAACUUGUUUGCAAUGAAAAACAUGAAAUUUAUUAAAAGACGAAUCUAGUGGGGACUACGUUGUGUGAACGGUCUACAGAUUUAUGCCCGAACCAGGGUAUUGUACUCCGACGCUCAGUCUGAACGCGCUAUUAAAUUGAGUCUAAGCAAAUUCUGUCUUAGUUCGAAAAGGCGCAGACUUAGAAUUCGCUAUCAUUUAUUUCAAAGCCGAACAAUGGCGGAAUUUGACUCUUCCCUUAUACUUAUAUAAUUAUAGUAUUACGUAUAAAUGGAGGAAAUAAAAAGUAAUGAAACAAUGAUUCA